AUGCUUGGAGUUAGUUCAAUCGGUUUGGUCGUCGCAAUCGUGUUUGUCUGCGGAUACGCGGACGGAAAUGUUGUUAAGCCCUUAGUUCCGAAUGUUACUCAAGAUGUGAAGAAUCCUGACAAGACGGUGGAGAUACCACCGAUACCAAGUAAAGAAGUUGAACCAGUUGCUCCAACAACAGUUAAAGAGUGUGCCAAAAUUGGACAGUUUUGUAACAACCACAGUGAUUGCUGUUCCUAUUCCUGUUUGGGAUACAUGAAGAGAUGUGUUUCUGGAACUGGAUAACUAGAUGGACGAGACAACUUGGUGUUAUUCCAAAAUAAAAAAGUAUGUCAUCAUGCUUUGAUUAGUUUUUAAGUUUCCUCUAAGCUAGAAACAGUAAAAUGCAAUUGUUGUCUAUUUAUAAUGUUUUUUUACAUGUUUCAUAAGCAGUUUACAAAAGAGAAUGUUAUUUAUUUAUUUUCCUCGCUGGAUGUAUGGGAUGAUUCAAAUGGCUGAGAUCUGGUGGGUUGGCAGCAAAGUACUGGAUGACAUUCAUGGCAUCUGCAGAUAUCUUCCAUAAAUCAGGAUAGUUACUUUUAAAGUCGUUGUACCACUUGGUGAUCUGUUGAAUAAAACGUGAAAUUUUAA